CAUUCAGUUCAUAACAGACAGCUUUGACAAACGUUAGAGAAAAACCACCUCUCUUCUCUCUCUCUCUCUCUAUAUUCUUAGCUCCUAAAUUCCUUAACAACGACAACAACAAUGGACGCCAACGAGAGUUUGACAGCAUUAAAGAAGGCAUAUGCGGAUGUAAUCUUGAAUACAGUGAAAGAAGCGGCGGCUAGGAUAUUGGUUUCUGAGAGAAAAGCUUUACGUUAUCAGCAUGAACUUAAGGCUACUAAAGAACAGGGACUUCAGAUGCUUCUUCGGCUAAAGCAACUGUCGGCUUCUAAGGCUAGUGAAGCCGAGGUGACGAGUUUGAAUCAGCAGAGAAAGAUAAAAGAACUUGAGUCACAGCUUCAGGAAACCGAGGACAGAAAAAGGAAAGCAGAGAUGGGCUCAUGUAAUCAAAAGAAUAAAGUGGAAGAGCUUGAGUUACAACUUAAUGAAGCUGAGGAUAUUGUAAAUGAUCUAAGGCAAGAACUCAGACAAUUAGAAGCUGAGUUGCGCUCGUUAAAGAAGAGAAAAUUACAGCAACAAGAGGAGUGUGGUAAUUACAUUCAGGCUAAUGAUCAGGACACUUCAAAUGUAAAUGGGAUAUGUGAUUCUCAAUCAGCUAUUCAGUUCAACCUUCCUCCCCUUGUCUCAGAUGAACACACUAUACUCUCUCCUCCAACAGGCACACCAGAAAUAUCUUUUAACGACGUGAAAAAAUCUUGUGUUAAUAAAGCUAGUGUUCCUUCUAUAGUAUUAAAACAGAAUGAUCUUGAACCAUAUAGAAAUCGGCGCACACAACGCAUUCAUGCAUUUGAGGAGAAGCUGAUGGCUGGACAGUUGGAUUUCCAAUCUGGAGAAAGAGGGUCUAUGGGAGUGGUUACAGAAAGUGAUGCUCAAGUUGUUGAAACUAGUGAUUCUGAGAACACUUCUAAUAUUGAAGAGGUGAAUAUUCAUGAACCAGGGGCUCUGAACGAUAGUCUGCAGGUCUCAUCACCUAAUUAUGAUGUAGACCAGAAGAUAAAACCAGUAGAAACUCUCGGUAUUGACCAAACAAUUGACAACAGGAUUAUUAAAUAUACAUUCCAAAGGAAGCGGAAGAAAGAUAUGCAAAUGAAUCCUGUGGAAAUGAGAAAGUGCAGCACAAUAACUGAAUCCUCCUCUCGCGAUAGUAGGUGUGUAGAACAGGUUGCUCAUCAGCUUAUAUCUCUUUCGGAAAAGUAAUAGUAAUGGUAAAUGAAUAUGUUCCAUUCUGUCGGCUUUCUGUAUAUUGAGGUUGUUGAACUUGAAGGGAUAAGCAAUACAAACUGCAAUCGGGAAUGCUUAUAGUGUUUAAUUGAUUAGAGAAUUGUUGGUUAGAUAGAUAUUUUAUUUAUUUUAUGCAACUUAUUUUUAGUAAUAUCCCUCCCUUUUAAAAAAUUGACAUAUUUGAUUUUCUACCUA